AUGUCUCAGUGGUUCACCCAACUCGAAGAUGUCGCCUACUCCGUAGUGGAAUAUAUCCCACUAGUCGGAACCGUGUACUCUCUAGAACGAGCGGGUAUCGCAUACAACGAGAGGGAUUGGACGAGACAUUGGCAGUCCCUCGGCAACUUCCUCGAGAGCUCCGUUCGCGAUAUCAUUCUCUUCAAAGACAUUGCCGAACCCACCACAGUCGCCCUUAUACACACCAUGGCCGAGUCGUUGACGGACAAAUUGAUUGAGAUCUACCAUCACGAGCCCAAAAGGCCUGAGGUCAAAAUCACCCAGAAGCUGGAUAAACAAAGAGGACAUGUACUCAUCGCCGAGUCCUCAAAGGGCAGGUCCAAGGAGAAGUCUUCGGAGGCAAAGCCAAGGGGCGAGAUGGUCCGGCUUGAUAUUCCGGACGGAUUGCGCGACGGGGCAGCAGUCACCUUCACGUGGUAUUGGACUACAAACUACUAUGGAAAAAAGAAUGUACCUGAAGCCUCGUAUGGUCGUAUUAAACUGAUCUCCGGCACACCCACAAAGUUCGAAUUGUACAACCUCAAGGGUGCCGGAGUGGCAGGUUAUGACUUUUCGGGUGAGGUAAUCUCCAAGGACAAAAUCAAAGCUACAACCACAGUCGGUGGUACAAAAACUCCGAUUGACUUCACUAGGUUGGCCACAACUUGA